CCCAAAAGGUUACACUAAACAAAAACUGAUCUACGAAUAAAAGGUAACAAAGUACCUAUCCCGCAUACUCAAACAAGAGAUAUACAACAAUCCGACAUGUACAACACAUCCAGAUCGACUGCAUUACCGUCAUCGAAAAAGACACACUCGGAGAAACAUAAACAGAUCUUGAAGCAACUUCUUAAGGAGGCAGGCAACAAGACUUGUGUUGAUUGUAAAACCGCCACUCAUCCAAGAUGGGCAUCGUGGAAUUUGGGAUGUUUUAUUUGCAUACGGUGUUCGGGAAUCCAUAGAAGUAUGGGGACACAUAUCUCCAAAGUAAAGUCUGUCGACUUGGAUGCAUGGACUGACGAACAAAUAGAACUGAUGCUUAAAUGGGGAAAUGCCAAGUGUAAUAGCUAUUGGGAAGCCAAAUUACCAGAUGGAUAUGUUCCAGAUGCCCUGAAGAUUGAAAAUUUCAUCCGUACAAAGUAUGACAUGAAGAAAUGGGCCAGUUCAUCUACUAUUCCAAACCCAAGCUCUUUGACAGGGGCUGGAGCACAUUCAGCAUCUCCUACCAAUUCCGCUGCCACCACAACCACAAAUUCUCCAGCGGUAAAUCAUCUGCAUGCAGCACAGGGAAGUCUUUUAGACGAAGAAUUUGGAUCGUUCAAAUCAUCCCCAACUCCUUCAUCUGUGCGUAAGUCCAUUCCAGCAACUUCUUCAUCAACUAGACCAGUUUCUAAUUCACCACUUUCCUCAUCUCUCCCCAAAUUAUCAUCCAAUGAAUCACUUCCUAAACAACAGCAACAACAAUCUGCCCAAAGCACAGGAGGUAGCUUCAAUGGAAGACCCGAUUUGAAGAAAUCGAUCUUAUCAUUAUAUUCUUCUCCAUCAUCUUCAUCAUCAAACAUUACGCAACCACAGAGACAAACAUUAGUAACUCCAUCUUUUGCGCCUUCCAAUUCUUCUUCUACCACAACCACCACUUCCACCCCUAUUGGAUCAAUUCAUUCACUUUCAAACUCACUUAAUGGGUUGAAUUUCAAUUCUACUCCAUCUUUAUCAUACAAUACUCCCGCUCCAGCUUCAGUUCCAGUUCAAGCUCCAGGUCCAGCCCCAACUACAACUUAUAAGGCACCCGCAUCUGAAAAGUCAUGGACUAAUGAGUGGUCAGAUGCACCACAGAACGGCUGGUCUUCGUCACUGAAUAGUAUCUUCCCCAAUUCUACAAAUUCCACUGCUACCGCAAGUGCAUUAGAUGAUGAUUUAUUUAAAAAUGUAUGGAAGUAAAAGAGAGUUUAAAGAAUAAACAAAGAUAAGAAAUUAGUGAAAAUGAAAAGAAAACAGUAUAGAUUAUAAUGGUAAUAAUAAUAAAAUAUAGUAAUCAUUGAAUAUAUUGUAAAUAGUCUAAAUCU